AUGCCACGUACCUCGUCACCGACAUGGAGUCUCCCGCCACGCAACCAGACUUUGCUCGACCGCUCACUCCUGCAUACUGUACUUCAUGACUUGUCUUCUCGUCUCCUCCAGUAUUUCGGGCGUACAGUGCGUCUCGUUGUGCACGGGGGUGUCAUCAUGGUGCUACAUCCCCGUCUCGCAUCUCGAAGUAACACCCGCGACGUCGACUACAACCACCGCUCCUUUGUGCAAGAGUGGCGACGUCUCGGUGUCAAGGACGCUGGAGAGCGCCUUAAGACAUGCAUUACUGCCACUGCUUGUCGCUUCAACCUCGGAGCAGAUUGGAUGAACGCAGAUGCAGAUGUUGCUCUGCCGUAUGCCAGGGAUGUAUAUGGCAACGUGUAUGAUUCCAUAUGGACUGACGCCAUCAGUGCGCGAAACCUAAGCAUCAACACUAUAUUCACGUCUCCCGGCCUCGUGCUCGUUGGAGUCAGCUGGAGCUGGGCCGUUGCACUGAAGCUUGUGCGCUACCAGAAAUAUGACCCAUAUGACAUCGCAAACAUUCUGCGCUUGGGACGCCAGCAGCGCGGCGUGAGGUGGACUCGCAAGCUGUUAGAGGACUGGCUUGUCAGUAUGUGCGGUGCCAUGAACUAUGCUGCUUAUCCGCCGUGGUAUAUGGAAACUACCAGAGACAGAAUGCGCGAUGCCAUCCGUCUUGCCGAAGUGUGUGCAUGA